AAAAUCUAAUUAUCUUAUAUACGUUUCGAAUCUUAGAACUUUGACUUUAUACCUCACGUGCCAGCUGGAGAGGAACAAUACUACGGUGGUUCGGUAUCUCUAGCGGAUUAUUGUCCAUACAUUCAAGAGUUUACGUGGAGAGCUCGAAAUAUAGUAGUUAGAGGCUCUCAUUGUCUCUACGAAGAGAACAAUCCUCAUCCGGACAAAAAUUUUGCUUUAGAAAAAUAUGGUCCACAUUCGAGAUGCUUCGAUCAUACGAAUCAAAUGUGGGAAGAAAGAACGUGUAAACAAGCUAGGCAAUGGCAACAUUGGGGUUCCGGAUGUUAUCGAUAUAAAUGUGAAGUUGGUAGAUUACAUAUUAUAGUCGCAAAUUACACGUAUACGUGUUAUCAUGCUGGCCAAGAAAUCGCAAUUAGAAUAAUACAAAAUGAUUGGCUUCAUAAAGGAGCUCUAAUUUGCCCUCCAUGUAGAGACAUUUGUCAGGCGGAAUUAAAAGAGAAACACGAAUAUUGCAAGCCGGGAGAUGAACAUCCACCGCCAACGUAUUAUCACAGAGACAAUUUGUAUUGUGCAUCCGCGGCAAAAUUGACGAAUUUAUCGCCAUUCCUUACUUUAAUUUAUUUCUUCGUUUUUAGAUGAUAUGUCGUGGAACCUAGGCAAUAUUUUCAUCGAUAUUAAAACUAGGUUGACAAAUUAUAAUAACGCAUCGUUAAAACGUCGUUUCCGAAUUCGGAAACUUUCGAAUUACGCGAUGAUACGUACGUAAGUACUAGCAAGUACUGCUCGUCUAACCACAUGAUUCAAUAUCUUUGAAACCACGUACGUGAAACGUUUCGCGAUACGAUUCACGUAUCUCAACCGAGGUGACAAUUCUAUUUUGACCAUUUAUCGUGUAAAAAGUAUUUUCUUAAUAAUUUUAUACAUCAGCAAAUAUAAAAAUACGCAAAA